UCUGAACCUGGAAAUUCGUGACACAUGCAUUAAUGUUUUGCGUCGUUAUUUGUUUAGCACUAGGAAACUUGUCGCAUUGCAUAAAUGGUCAUUCAUGCUCAGUGCCUCCAGCUAUAAUGAACUGAAUUUGUAGUUAUUUUGUCUCUUUUUAGUUGUACUUUACCCUUCUCCUUCAGCAGAUUUUAACCCACAGUGGAAUGAGCACAGUUCCUAAUUUGGUUGUUUUUUAUAGCUAAGUCUUGGCUAACAUUUCCUACAGUUCUUAAAAUUGUUGUUCUUUUCUGUAUCUGAUGUUCUGUGUGCUAUUAGUGAUGCAGCCAUUGGGGUUGUCUUGUGUUGCACACCUUUCCAACACUGCGAAACGAUCGCCCCACGGAAAAGCGCCCAUGCUUGAUAUCGUAUGGUUCAUGACCAAUAUGUUUCCAGUACAGGGAAAAUCCCAGAGGAGGCCAAGGCCUUGUCACUUUUGGCACCUGCCACUCCAGUACCCAGUCUGAUUCCUGGCGGGGGACUGCUACCAAUCCCUACUCCAGCUCCGCUUCAGAAUCUCAACCUUCCAGUAGUGAAUCGGAUGCCGGCCAGUCUUGACCCCACAGCGUCAGUGCAGUCCCAGCCCCCCCUCAUGGGGAAUGUGGAUCCCUCAAAAAUCGAUGAAAUCAGGAGGACGGUCUAUGUUGGCAACUUAAACUCACAGACCACCACAGCAGAGCAGCUGCUGGAGUUCUUCAAGCAGGUGGGAGAUGUGAAGUUUGUGCGAAUGGCCGGAGAUGAGACGCAGCCGACACGCUUCGCCUUCGUAGAGUUUGUUGAGCAGGACUCCGUCGCCAGAGCCCUGACCUUCAAUGGAGUCAUGUUCGGGGACAGACCUCUGAAGGUGAAUCAUUCCAAUAACGCCAUAGUGAAACCACCAGAGCUGACGCCACAGGCUGCUGCUAAGGAGCUAGAAAGUGUGAUGAAGAGGGUGAGGGAGGCCCAGUCCACCAUCGCUGCCGCCAUAGAACCAGCGGACACAAAGACGCGAUCGUCCAGCCGGUCCAGAAGGUCCCGCAGGUCCCGCUCACGCUCACACUCCCGUUCACACUCGAGAACGCGCAGGAAAAGAUCCCGUUCGAAACACAGACCGUCGCAGAGGUCGUGGCCUGGGAAUGACUCCCGCAGCUCCCGAAGCAGCCACAGGAGGCGCUCUCGCUCCAAAGACAGGAAACACAGUCGAAGUCGCUCUAGGGGCCACCGGAGGAGGAGUAAGGAUCGAUCCAGGAGCCCUCGGAGGAAAGCAAGAUCACCCUCACUGAAGAGGGGUAAGAAAGACAAGAGGAGGGAGCGCAGCAGGGAAAGAAAGGACCGCUCCACAUCCAGGAAGAGGAGCCGCAAAGACGAGGACAGGAUAAAGAGCAAGGCCAAGCCAGUGAAGGUGGGAAGGGACUAUGACAGAGAAAAGGACGACUAUGAAAGUGACAGAGAGGACUCGGCAACACCCAGCGAGGACAUGACACUAUCACCCUGCGUCCAGCACAACGGCAGCUACGUGACUCACAGCAAGGAGGAUGCCGCUGUGGGUGCAGACAGCACCAAGUGACUGCUACGAGAUUAUAGAAACUAAAUCCUGAUCUAUCAAACGAUCUCAACACCCAUUGCGUGCGUAUAAAUUCAUAAACACAGGAAAACCACUUACAGCAGUGUGUUUUUCCCCAUCAUCAUC